AUGAAAAACAAACAGUUAGAAGCUCAGCAGAAACAUUUUGAUGAAAUAAAGCAAAAAAUCUCUGACAUCCAGGAUGAUAUCAAUUCAAUCGAUGUUGCUUUAAAUUCUACAAAUAUUUCUGAAGUGUUCAGUAUUUUGUCUCCAGUGAAUAAAUACAGAAAACUUAAAAAAAAAAUCAUAUUUGGUGUCCCAAAAUUUUCUCCGAAUAAAGUAGAGGAAGAUCAAUUGUAUAAUUUUAAACCUGGUAUUUUAGAAGAGCAUGAAUACAAACUUAUGACAAAAUCACUAUCACCAGAAGCUGGAUCCUCUCCUCCAGUCAAACAGCUGCUUGAUGAACCAGAGACUGUCACCACCAUAAACACUGGGUAUGAUAGAUACCUUUACAAUGUGGCCUGUCUGAGUGAAGACGAAAUCUGGACAAUUGGAAAUGACAGCAUCAUGAAACUCUACAGCAUCAAUCAGGGAUCACAACUUAGGUCUAUUACAACUAAAUCAGGGAAAAGACCAGAGGACAUAGUAUUGACAAAAAGUGGAAAUCCAGUUUAUACUGAUUUCUAUGGUAGAACUGUGAAUAUGGUGAAGAGUGAGAAGACAGUGUAG